GUUGGUUAGUCUAUGGUUUGGUGCGUAUCGUGCUCGUGUAAAUACCACCACACCAUGCUCUCACAUUCCGUCGCUUAUCAACGCGAAUGAAAUAGUUUUGUUUCUGAUACAUUUCAUUUCAAUUACAUGGUCUACCACGAGUAGUGUCAAAGUUAAAUAAUUACAUAAUACUUAUAGUGCACUGCAUCGUGCGGCAUCGCAGCUCGCCAGAUUUGUUCCCAUCCUCCUUGUCGAACCUAGUUUAAACGUGUCGAAAAUGGAGGCCUUAGCCGUGGCACUGGAACCGCACAAAAACACGGUGGGUCUGACAGCAGCCAUCAUUACGGUGCUGCAAUUCUUCAGUGGAGUAUUUGUGGUGAACGACAUCCGGAAGAAGGGAAACACCGAGGGUUUUUCUGCUGGUCCAUUCCUGGGCGGAGCAGUUUUUUCCCUGCUGAACAUUCAGUUCGGUCAGAUGCUGCAGGAUGACGCCAUGAUUAAGGUCAACUUCAUCGGACUUGCAUUGAACGUAGUGUAUGUGUGCGCUUUCUACAUAUACACGGCGGCCGGUUAUGGCAAGGCUAAGGUUUGGGGACAAAUCGGAGCUGCAGGAGCGGUGGCCGUCGGAAUACUUUCCUACGUGCAGUACGAGGAUCCGAAGGUGGUCGAGUUUCGAUUCGGAAUCAUACUGACGGGUGUGCUGCUGCUGUUGGUUGGGAUGCCGCUGCUGGGCUUGGGGGAAAUUAUCAGAAAGAAGAGCACUGAAGGACUACCGUUUCCAAUCAUUUUGGCCGGAUCGGUAGUGUCGCUUGCAUGGCUACUGUACGGUGUUGUACUCAGAAGUGACUUUCUCGUGAUACAAAACCUCCUCGCCUUGGCUCUGGGCGCAGUGCAGCUUGCGUUGUUCGUCAUUUAUCCCAACACACCGGUUAAGAAACAGACGAAGCGAACAAAGAAGACAAAUUGAGCAAAACAAUCUUGCAUAUGCUGGAUAAAAGGACUGAUUAUUUGCGGCAACGUGAUAGAGAAAAAAGCUGGAUGAAACCGAUUGACAAUAAUAUGUUACCGUGCGGACAAUAAAUUUGAACCCAUUUUUAUAUAUCUAGUUAUAGUUAGACCAAAAGUCUAAUAAAAUUGUGGGCAAUUUACAGAGUAAUUGUCUACAGCUCAAAAAAAAAACUUCCGAACAGUGAUAGCUAAUUGUUGCAGCGUACUAUUAAUAAUAAUAGAUUUAUAGGAAAAAUAACUUUUGGCAGAUAAGACAAUAAUUAAAAGUGCAUGGAGCAGAAUACAUAUUUUUGGUGAUAAAGUUUAUGCAAGUAAAUAAAAUUCCGGUGUAGAGUAAAUGAAUUGUUAUUAUAGUUCUGGUUAUUGAAUACCUCUUAUCGCAUUUUCAAACAAUCCACUUCACUUCAGCCGCUUUUGAUGGCAUGUUGAUAAAUACUAUCUUAAUUCAUUAUUCUUCAAUGUGUAUGAUAAUAAAUAUAGCAAAUAAACAUGAAAAAUAAUUUCGCUCAAUACCCGAUGUAGAUCAUGUAGCAUAGUGAAGUAAAUUUUCGAAAUGUUUCAUUAUGUUUGCUUGUAUAGAAGAUCAAAAUCUAAAACAGUUCCGCGGAUGUUAAGAUAA